CGGGGCCGCGGGCCCGCCCCGGGGCCGUGGCGCAGGCGCGGCGGGGCCGUCACUUCCGAGCGGCGGGGCCGUUCCGGGGCAGCGGGGCCGGGGCGCGGCUGCUCCGCGGGAGCUCCGAUUCCUGCAGCAUUAUGUCAGGAGAGAGCGACUGCACCAGGACAAGUCCCUCAGCAGGGUCUCCAUCAGACAGUGAGCUCCUGCCAGACCGGCCAAAGUAUGUUUGUACCCUGUCUCCUGACCUUGUUACCAAAGCCCGGGAGGAGCUCCAGGAGAAGCCUGAGUGGAGGCUCCGUGACGUGCAGGCGCUCCGGGAUAUGGUGUGCAAGGACUACCCCUCCCUGGGGACGUGCCUGGACGAUGCUUUUUUGCUAAGGUUCCUCCGAGCCAGGAAGUUUGAUUACGACCGAGCCCUUCAGCUCCUGGUGAACUACCACACCUGCAGGAGGACCUGGCCAGAGGUGUUCAGUAACCUGAAGCCAUCUGCAAUAAAGCCUGUCCUGGAGUCAGGCUUUGUCACUGUGCUGCCUCACCGGGACCCGCAGGGACGCCACGUGGUCUGCAUCCGCCCAGACAGAUGGACACCCAGUAAUUACCCGAUUACUGAGAACAUUCGUGCCAUAUACUUAACCUUAGAAAAACUCAUUCAGUCCGAAGAGACCCAGGUGAAUGGAAUUGUAAUCCUGGCAGACUACAAAGGAGUCAGCUUAUCUAAGGCGUCUCAUUUUGGUCCUUUUGUAGCCAAAAAAGUGAUUGGAAUUCUUCAGGAUGGAUUCCCCAUUCGAAUAAAGGCUGUUAACAUAAUAAAUGAGCCUCGUAUAUUCAAAGGCAUUUUUGCAAUCAUCAAGCCUUUUCUGAAGGAAAAGAUCGCAAACAGGUUCUUUCUUCAUGGCUGUGAUCUGAAUUCCCUUCACCAAAACAUUCCUCCAGUGAUCCUUCCUGAAGAGUACGGUGGUACUGCAGGCAAGCUGGACAUCUCUGCCUGGAACGAGCUGCUGCUGGCCUCUGAGGAGGAUUUCCUGCAUGAUUUCUCAGAGCUGGUGCUCCCGUGUGACAGCUCUCCCCACGACCUGCUAGUGAGUGGGGAUGCUGAUGAGAAGCAGUGUGAUGAUUCCCUGCGAGGGAUGAAACCUCAGCUCUAUUACUGUUACUAACAAACCACUGCAGGGGAGUGUUCCAGCACAGUUAGGAUCUGCUCUGCUAGGUGAUGUUGUGAACUCUGCCUUACUCCUAAACCUGCAGUUUAGGGACAGACUGCUGAGGCACUUUACACUGUAGAACCAAAGGAAGCUGGAGAGGGCACAACGGGGGCAGGGCAGAGUUCGGGGAGGGUAAAAGCAAAGAGCACAAGUUAUGUAGAAGACUUGAGGCUCAUCAACCUCUGUGUGAAUGGUGCAAACUGGCCUAUUCUUUCAAAAUUAUAAAGGGAAAAAAAUACUGCAGAUAGGUAAGCUUGAUGAUUUCUUGUCUCCACCCCACACAGGUGAAAAAUAACUGGAUUACUGAUCACAGUAAUCUUUGUGAUCAUCUGGUCCCUUCCCCUUCUGCAAACACCAGUAGUCUAAGACAAGAAAAUGGCUUUUGAACCCUGCAAAAUAGAAUUCUGUAGUGGAGAUUGCUUACAACCAUAAAAGUCUAACUUGGCCUGUCCUCUGUCACAUGGUUCAGAUUGUGAGUUGGUGUUUCUGAAAUAUCUCAGAGAAUAUUUGUUUCAAAUUAAUACAGAACAAAAUUUACUUAUGAGUAUCUGUAUGGAGAUGAUCUCUUGAACUUCCUCACAGUUGGAAGAACUGUGACUGAUUUAUUAACUACCACAACAUCUAUACCAAGGUUUAUACAGCAGAUGCAAUCUUCAUUUUCAGAAAAGAGCACUUUUUCCAGACAUUUACUAAGGCUUUUGAUUGGACAAGAGCCUCAAAUAAUGAGGUUCAGGACCAAAUAAAAGAAAACUGUCAGCCACCUUCCCACGUUGACAGUUCUUUUCUGGUUGAGAUACGGAAUUGGGUAAGUACCUCAUAGCCAGGAUGUGUGAGGAGGUUUUGUAGCAGUUGGCAUGUGAUGUAUAGAAGGCAAUACUUCAUGUAAGACAGCAAGGUGCUGCUUUAGCUUCUUACUUUGGGCUGAAUUUGAGUUUUAAGUCUGUGAAACCAAAUGCAGACAGGCUUUUUAAAAGCACAUUCUUAAAUUUCCUGAUAUUGUAGCAUUUUGUUCACUGUGCUUGUCAGCUCUUCUGUGAAAUGUUACAACUUGCUUUUUAACUUUGUUGACCUCUUAUGUCUUUGGUUGUCAUGUUCCUGUAUGAAGUUAGACUUGAAUCAUCUCUGUGAUAUUUACCCAUAACUUGUAUGCCUGUGCUUCUAGGUCUUUGUCUAGAGACAGAACUAACAUUGAUGUCAAACCAGGGUAAGAUACCUGUGUCUGAAUAAGCUGUUCCCACUCCCCAAGUUCCUUUUGUUUAAUGGUCUUGAAUUAGAACUUAACUCUCAGCACACUCUUUGCACACAUUUUUCUGCACUGUAAUGGUGUGGAGAUGGGAAACCUCACUAGGACGAGGAAAGCUCAGUCUGUUACUUCAAGGUGAAAUAAUUCACUAUUUGGUGGAAAAGAACAUCCCUUCUAAUUGGGAACUUGCCACUCGAGCACUUUCUCUGGAUGAAAUCUUGAUUUAGUGCCAAAUAUGAUUACAGGCACCAGUUAUGUUUCUGUAAAUGUAAAACUAACGUAUCUUGAGGAUCUCAGACAUUCAUUUUUGAAAGUGCCAAACUGUUUUGAAUGUCUUUCUUCCUCCCAGCCCCCUUGCAGCAUGACUGCACUGCCAAAGGGAGACUCCUCUACGACUGUAAUGCCUUCCUGACCUGGCAGCAGAGCUCAUCCUGGAACUAAGGGGUGGUAAAUGCCAUACCUGUCAUCCCAACAUUAGAAAAAAGACUGGGUUCUGAAAAGAUGUAAGACCAUGAAGCUUUUUUUCUUUUCUGGGUGGCAGUUCAGAAUCUGUAGGAGCAGAAAACUCAUCACAUGAACAGUUGUAGAUUAAAGGUGGGAAGAAAUUAAUUUUCCUCAGUGAAAGCAUCUCGUUUUUCUUACCUUUAGACAUCAAUUGUAACUCCUCUUUGAUAACUAUCACCUUUAGUGCAGGGAAAAAACAAACUACCAUUUUAAUCUACGUAAAAUAAGGUAUAAGAGUACAGCUAGGCAGUUCCUCCUUUGUGACCAGAAUAUACUCUGUGUUUUGCAGAAAUUAAUUCAUUUUUUUGCCACCUAGAAGCCAGUAGCACUCAGCACCAGGAAUUGGACAGAUAAGUGGCUGCCCACACUGCUAGAACAGAGUGGUGCCUCUGUUGUUUUAGUGCCUCUUAAUUCCAGUCACAAUGUACAACUGAAAAAAGCAGAAUGGAUCAUUUUACCUAGAGAUGAAGGCUUGACUGAUAGUCUUUCCUUAAUUGUGUUGCAGGGUUAGAAGUGAGAGUGUAUCGACUGUAGGAACAGCUACUUUCAUCUACUUAUGUAACUACUAGAGAGGGAGGUUGGAUAUUCAAAAUUCAAUUUGGUGUCCUUCAAAAAGAAAUAAAUCUAGUGGUGUUCAGUAGAAGGCUGAGGAACAUCUACAACACUCACCCUUUUUCAGGCUUUUAUAUUUUCUUGCAUGCCUUAAAUAGUAGGCAGACUAGAUCCCCUUCAUCCUCUUCCUUCCUCUGCUCACUAAGAAUAAAGAAUAUGGUUUAAACAUAUUAAAUGAGCUUAUAUGGUUGUGCUGGGUUUGGCUGUGGUAGAAUUUUCUUCACAGGCGUUGGUGUGGCAUUGUGUGGCUGGAGUUAAACCACCACAAUUGCCAAAGCUGAAAAGUGCCAGUCUUGUGCCUCCAGAACUUCUUUUUCUUAAAGCUGGCUCCUGGGCAGUGGAUGUCAGGAUGCUGAAUUAAGCCAGGCUUUAUCAGGCAUCUGUUAUUUCUAAUUUGCUGUUCCUUGGCUUUAGAACUCAGCCAGGAGUUGCUCCACUGAGCUGUGUCUCUAACCCUGAAGUAUCUCUGCCCAGUGCUUGCCAUGUCUCACAGAAAGCACAGCUCUGGCUUAUGUGUGCCUGGCUACAGAGUUGAGAAUGUUCUUUAAACUUUAGCACUUAGUAGCAAAGAAAUUAGUUUGUUCCCAGAAUUUCACAUCAGCUUUUGGAAAAUAAAAAUUUGUGUCAAGUAUAGCAUCUCCUUACCUGCAAGUUAAGAGAAUAGCUAGGAAAAGCUUACAGGAGGGGGCAGGUUUUUUGCUUGGGAGUUUAGUUGUUUUUUUUACAGCACAACCACCACUUUUUUCCUUCUUCCCACUUGGAAUAACUUUGUUUUCCAUGGUUCUAUGCCUUUCCCAGUACAUAAGCCAUCCCUACCAAAUCCAACACAUAAUAAGGAAGGAUACUUGAACUGCGUUGGCAUUGGGUGGCACAAAAGGUAGCUGCAAACUGUACAUAAAGUACUUGAAUUUAUACUCUUGCAAAUGGGUGUUAUGAGCCCUGAGGUAUUUUCAGGAACUGGCUGAAGUAUUGUUUUUGUUAAAUCUCAUUUUGGUGUGAGUUAAUCAUAGUGUUAUUCAAAUAUUAAUUUUGCCUUCUGUUAGAUGUGGGCCUAGAGGUGUUGGGUGGUUAAGUGUACAUCUUAUUUUGAUAAAAUUUAUUUUUAUAUUGCAUUUUAUAAAACAAAGUCGUCAAAAAUGUGUAAGUUUAUGAUGCAUGACUGGGUAAUUAAACACAUUGUAACAGCUGCUCAUUUGAUAUUUUCAAUACAUGUGUCUUGUGUCAUGUUGGAAUAUUUUACUGUAAACAUCAAUAACAACACCCAAAUUCCACAUUUACACACAGUUGCUAGUACACAAUCACCACAGCAUUGCAUUAGCAAAAGGUGUUGCUUUCUGCUGGAGAACAGAAGUUUACUUGAACAGGAUUUGACAUUCACAGACUCACAGGGACAAUAAUGUUUGUUUCAAAAGAAAUCUGCCUGUUGGUAUUUACUGCUUAGAGAAAACACCCAGUCACAUCCCCCUGGAUGCUGCAGCAGCUGAUCCCUGCAUGUGGUGUUUUCCAUGGAGAGGUAAUUGCUGUUUCUUAACACUUCAACAGAGCUGGGCCACUUUCAGUAGUUAGUCUGCUUUAUUCAAACGAGUUUACAGUGCAAAUGCCUUAGAGCCAAUAAUAAUAAUUCCAUGUACGUGACUUUAUUAAGCAUAUUGGACAACUGAAAUCAAUCAUUCAAUAAGCUCUAUUUUUCCAACAUAAUCAUAAAGUUGCUUAAGCUACUCAUACACUUACCACUCUAUUUGGCCAACAUCCUAAAAAAGUAAGUUACCACAGAAAUUGCCUCUUAAAAAGGGCUAGUUUGUCUUAAAAGCAAUUAAGAGUUAACCAGUUUUUCAACUUCAGAGUUCUUUUCUUUUGGUGAGGAAUAAGGGUGCUUUUUGCCACAACACAAAGUUAAGUAAUUUAAAUAAACUUUUCCUGUAAAUAAACUUUAGCAGUGGAAUGUAGAAAUCAAGCAGCAUGGCUUACAGUUCCAGAAACUGAAGCAUGAGCAUAGUAGUGCAUUAUACUGAUUAUAAUUGUUCUUUAAAAUAUAUAUACUUCAUAUUUAACUAAAUGUUACCUUCUCUUCAAUAGAAGGUUGUGGUUAUUGACAGAUUUCUUUUGUGCUUUGACAGCACAGCUGUAGUGAAUUUUAAAAAUGCAGUAAAAUAACAUAACCCUGGUAAAGGUUAAAAUAGAGAACUGAUAAUUUUGAUGCUGCAUCAAGCAUUAUGCAAUAUAUAACUGUCUAUCCAUCUUCAUUUUAAUACCAACAUAAGAAACAGUAACUAAAGCAAUAAAUGAACAUUUUGGCUUUCAGCAAAGAGUUCCUCACUUCUGUAAGCUCAGACAGGUUCACAAACUUAACUGAAGUCUCUGUUAGUAAGGACAAUGGGAGCCACCAAGGUCCAGAGAUAGAGAAGCAGACAAACCCAGCUGGAGGUCAUCUUCA